AUGGCGAACGCACUAAAAGUGUGUUGUGAUGUUGUCCGAUGGUUUCCAGUCGUAUUUAUAACUGCUGUGGUUGUAUGGUCGUAUUAUGCAUACGUUGUUCAACUCUGUGCUUUAACUGUUCCCAGCAUAGCUGAAAAAGUUGUGUACUUAAUCCUUUAUCAUCCCCUGCUGAUCGUCUUCAUGUGGUCCUAUGCACGCACAAUAAUGGCUGCUCCAGGAAAAGUCCCACGUCAGUUUUACUUAAAUAAACAAGAUUCUGACCGCCUGACAAGAGAAACAAAUGAAGACAUACAAAAAGCAAUUUUAGUGAACGCUGCUAAGGAUCUGCCAAUAGUUAACAGAACAUCAUCAGGAUUACCACGCUAUUGUGAAAAGUGUAAAUGUAUAAAACCAGACAGAUGUCAUCACUGUUCUGUGUGUGGGGCAUGUGUAUUAAAGAUGGACCAUCACUGUCCAUGGGUGAACAAUUGUGUGGGUUUCACAAAUUACAAGUUUUUUGUACAGUUUUUGGGUUACGCCCUUAUAUACUGUUUAUAUGUAGCUGCUACAUCUGUGAAAUAUUUCAUUUUGUUUUGGUCGGGUGAAGGUAAUCGAGACAUGGGGAAGUUUCAUGUGCUUUUCCUCUUCUUCGUGUCCAUUAUGUUUGGGAUCAGUUUAAUCUCCCUGUUUGGUUACCACUGUUACCUCACUGCUAGUAACAGAUCAACACUAGAGGCAUUUAGAUCGCCAAUUUUCCAAAGUGGUCCAGACAAAAAUGGCUUCAGUUUGGGAAAGUAUAGUAACUUUAUUGAAGUCUUUGGUGAAACAAAGAAGCAAUGGUUUCUGCCCAUUUUUUCAACUCAAAGAGACGGGGUGUCCUUUCCUACUCGCACGAAGCAAGCUAAUACGUACCAAACAAUGGGUAAAACUCCAAGUGUGGGAGAUGGUAUUACCUAUCCAACACGUACAGUCGACCUGGACAGUGAUGGUCUGCUGGCCGAGCGACAGAGGUGGAUGGAGGAGGGAGGAGAUUUAGGAGACAACACUGGCUCUAGUCAACAGUUAAUAGCCAUGUCUCAAGACUGACUCUACAGGAAAUAGUUAUGGUGCCCAUGACAACACCGGGAUGAACCUUGAGCUGAGAUAGUGGUGUUUGCUGAUAAAUGAAGAG